AUGUCGUCGUCGCAGACCAUGACAGCGCCAGCGGUGGGCCAUCGUCCUCCGGAUGCUGCCCCGGAUAUGUCGUCCGUGUACGACUAUCCUCGAUCACAACAGCAGCAGCACCAGCAACAGCAUCUUAACCCUCAACCGCAUUCAUCCCCGCCCAACGACUCCGCAAUCCGCGCUCUGCAAGAUCCUGUCCCCGAUCCCCUCGAUGCCUCCUCCCCCAAUGGCCUACCCGCUCUUUCCUCAACUACAAUCAAAUCCGAACCCGACGAUCAAUCCUCAAUAUCUCCUGCGCCGCAUGAUUCUCAAUCCGAUCUCCGUCGUCAGUCCGCCGCCAGUGCGCUGCUGGCCCAGCUCCUUGGCAAUCAAUCCUCCUCCGGUCCAUCGCCGUCUGAGGACCACCCAAUGCCACCAGCCCCGCAAGCGACGGAUCAACCGCACCAGGUCGACGAUAAAUCAAAUCUCCAAUGGACGUUAGAUUCAACUUCAGAGCCCAUGGCCACUGUGCCUGCCGACUCGACCGGCGGAGGCGCGGAUCAAAUCCCGCCGACAUCGACUGCCCAGCCAUCUUCGCAUCACCAGCAGGAGGAAAAGUUCGACCCCCAACCCGAUAUGUCCCUGACAAAUCCCGAAGAAGACACGAACCCGACUGUUAAGAUGAACAAUUCAAUCGACGGCCUCACAGAUCCAUUGCUUUUCGCGAAAGGCGGCAUCGACCAUGCUGAUCUUUUCACACCCUUCGAUCUGUCGUCUUCCUCGAAGAAUCCAUUCGAUGCAUUGCAACACAAUGAGAUGCUUACAGACGCGUUUCUAUCGCAGAGCGCCGAUCUCUCCGCACUUGGAUAUUCGGGUCUACCGCAUGAUGGCUCGGGUUCUGUCACCGGCUCCGAACCCCGGAUCCAAGCAUUUGCGAAGCUCGAGUUCGAUGACGGUCAUUUCUAUUGCAACACUUAUUCCUUUAUCCUUGGUCGUGAUGUACGAGCCGCUCGCGCUGCGCAUCAACGCGAAAUACAAGUUCGGCAAGCUAUGAGGACAACGCGGGCGAAGAGCUCUAGUGGCGGAAACAUGUCGCAUACCCCCGUCCGUGUGAAGCAUGAAGGCAGCGGUAUGAUGGGCAGCGUUGUCAGUGAUCGUGGUGGAAUUAUGGGCUUCGAUCCUGAUGUCUCCCAUCUUCCUCCUCGUCUCAGCCGUCGAUCGUCGGUUUCUUCCCAUGCGGAAUCGGGCGCUCCGCUGCAUGCAACGCCAGCUCAACUUCAAUCGACCGAUAACAACACCACCGACUACAAUGCCCUAGCGAUGCAGUCAUUGAAUGAUGAAAACGGCGAUGCAAAGCCGGUUGAUGCUCUUGCGCUGCUCCCUUCGCCUGACGCAUGUCCGACGAUCCCCAUUCACCCUCCCGCCACCGUUGACGGCAGUGCCGCUGGCCACCGUGGUAUCUCCCGCAAACAUGUCAAGAUCGCCUACAAUUUUGAUAAGAAUCUGUUUGAGAUGGAAGUCAUGGGACGAAAUGGCGCGUUCAUUGGUGCAGAUUGGUUAUCGCCUGGUCAGAUCAGACCAUUACAUAGCGGCGACUACAUCCAGAUUGGAGGUGUUCGCAUUCGCUUUCUAUUACCAGAUGUGCCAAUCGGUGAGACUGGUGCUGACCGUGUCGAGGAGCCCCUGGGUACCGGGGAGGAAACCUCUCAGACACCAGCUCCUGCCGUUGAAGACGAAGUUGAGAUGCAGAGGGGUCCGUCCGAAUCUGCGGAUAAUAAGGACGCUCCUAGACCGCCAACGAAACUCAUACUAAAAACCAGAGAGCCCGACUCGGCGCGACCAAUGCCUUCUGUGGAGGGAGUUAUCGAUCCGGCGUUACAACCAAUCCGACGUCGCGGUCCUGGGCGUCCUCCUAAGGAUGGCAUCAUGUCCAAGCGAGAGAGAGCAGAACUGGCUCGAGAACAAAAAUUGGCAGCGAAGCGCGAGGCCAAUGGAGGCGUUACUCCUCCGCCCGGGAGCCGGCCGAAAGCCGGCAAGGCUCCAGCCUCAACGACGGCGACUGUUACGCCCAAGGAGAUGGGCGGAGAGUCACCUGGGUCAAAACCUGAGAAACGCAAGUAUACCAAGAGAAAGAAGCCCGAUGGCACUCCGAUGGACUUCCCCCUACCUUCCACCGAAGGUGGACAGUAUCCUAUGGAACAUCGCCCGGAGGAGUUCAUCAAAGCGCCCCCGGUCAAGAAGCGCAAACCCUCGCGGUCGCCAUCUCCGAAUUAUCCUCCCGAGUCAGCAUAUACCCCGGAGGAUCUGGCCAAGCCGCCUUACAACUACGCCGUUCUCAUCUUCGAUGCUCUCACCGAGGCUGGUACUCCGAUGACACUCAAGCAGAUCUAUCGAGCGUUGAAGUUGAAAUAUCCAUAUUUCCGUUUCAAGUGCGAAACCGAAGGUUGGACGUCCAGUGUACGGCACAACCUCAACGGAAACAGCCAUCUUUUCAUGCAUGCUGAGCGGGAUGGAAAGGGGUGGUCCUGGCAGCUUCGCCCUGGAGCUUCUGUUGAGAAGGAGAAGAAGAGGCGCCCGUCACCUCCUCCGCCAGCGGCGCAGCAGCCGCCUCCCGCUCCUCCUUCGUACAUGCCUGCAUUGAAUCCAUCAUAUGGCACUCAGCCAAAUGGACAGCCCAGCAUGGCCAAUCCGCACUUCCAGUUCCCUGCUAUGCCAUCCAACCCUUAUGCAACUCACACUCACACGCACGCUCCCGCUCCCGCUCCGUCUCCUGCUCCUCCGGCACCCCAUCACGCGAGUCCCUAUCCCCCGCCUUCUCAACCCGCCGCCUCGACCCCGUUUCCAAUACCCAGUCCGCUCCGCAACAACCUUCCGCCCGCCUUCGCUCAGACCACUCCUUCCACCUACACCUCACCGUAUGCAUCCGAUCCGCCGCCGCAGCUGGUGCAGCUGCAGCAACAGCAAUCGCAAUCAAUGCCUCCACAACCCCAACAUCAGUCACCUUACCCUCCGCCAAAUCCUCCACCAAUGCCUCCGUCCAAUGCGCCACAUCCAGCGCAUCAAACACAUCAAACGCAUCCUCCGCCUCCGCCACCCCCGGGGCCACCGCCGGGGCCUCCCAUGCAGCAUCAGCCAAACAUGGGUAUGGUCCCUGGCCCCGGUCCAGCUCAUAUGGAUACUUCGGACGCAUCCUCGUUCAAUGAUCGUGCAAACAAGGCCAUCGACGAUUUCGAGGCUGUUCUCAUGGAGGAUUACGAGGAUAAGAACUACAUCCGGGAGGUGCUGAAGAGUGCGCGAGCCCGUGUACUCGGCAACGCAACGGACAGCUCAUUCCCCGGCGGUGAACCGAAAGAUGAGGAGGUCAUUGUAGAUGCCCUCCGUAAUCUGAUCGGAAGCCUGAAGGGGGAGUAG